CCCAGCGAUGGAGAGCCAACAGAAGCGCCAGCGAACAACUCGCCUCGCCGAAAGAAACUUGAAGCGAAAGCUCUCCCGUGAGACAACAGACGCGGCGUCAAUAGUCAUGGAGAUCACGGAGGUCGAAGACGAAGAAGCAGAUCUCCUCGUCUCGAUCCGCCGCCACGUCGAGGUUUUGAACUCCGGCUUCUCAGAUCGCGAAGCUGUGAAAGAAGCUGCUGCUGCUAUCUCCUCUCUCGCUAAAAUCGAUGAAAACGUGGAGAUGAUGGUGGAGAAUGGAGUUAUUCCUGCUUUGGUUAGAUAUCUAGAAUCGCCUUGGUCUUUGGCGAGCUGUGAAAAUGUUCCCAAAUCGUGCGAUCAUAAGCUAGAGAAAGACUGUGCUGUUUCCCUUGGACUUAUUGCUGCUAUUCAGCCUGGUUAUCAGCAGCUCAUUGUUGAUGCUGGGGCCAUAGUCCCCACUGUGAAGUUGUUGAAGAGACGAGGGAUUUGUCUUGGGUGUAUGGAAGCUAAUGCUGUCAUUAGGAGAGCAGCUGAUAUCAUCACUAAUAUUGCUCAUGACAAUCCAAGGAUUAAAACUAAUAUAAGGGUUGAAGGUGGCAUUCCACCACUGGUUGAGCUUCUAGGUUUUCCUGAUGUUAAAGUACAGAGGGCUGCUGCUGGGGCUUUGCGAACAGUUUCGUUUAGAAAUGAUGAGAACAAGAACCAAAUUGUGGAGUUGAAUGCUUUGCCCACGCUUGUAUUGAUGCUUCAGUCGGAAGAUCCUUCUAUGCAUGGCGAAGCGAUUGGGGCGAUUGGAAAUCUUGUCCACUCAUCUCCUGACAUCAAGAAAGAGGUUAUCCGUGCUGGUGCCUUACAGCCAGUGAUCGGUUUACUUAGCUCCACUUGUUUAGAGACACAGAGAGAAGCAGCAUUACUAAUAGGUCAAUUUGCUUCGCCUGAUUCAGAUUGCAAGGUGCACAUUGCUCAGAGAGGUGCCAUUACACCAUUGAUUAAGAUGCUUGAGUCAUCAGAUGAGCAGGUCAUGGAAAUGUCAGCUUUUGCUCUUGGUCGUUUGGCUCAGGACACACACAAUCAAGCUGGCAUUGGACAAAGAGGAGGCAUUAUCUCACUACUAAAUCUUCUUGAUGUGAAUACUGGAUCUGUGCAACACAACGCUGCUUUUGCUUUGUAUGGCCUUGCGGAUAACGAGGAAAACAUAGCAGAUUUCAUUAAGGCUGGAGGUAUUCAAAGGCUUCAAGAUGACAACUUCACCGUUCAACCGACUAGGGAUUGUGUGGUGAGGACACUGAAGAGGCUAGAGAACAAGAUUCAUGGACCUGUACUUAACCAAUUAUUAUAUCUGAUGAGAACCACUGAGAAGACUAUACAAAUGCGAAUCGCUUUGGCUCUUGCACAUCUUUGUGACCCUAAAGAUGGAAAAUUAAUUUUCAUUGAUAACAAUGGAGUAGAGUUUCUGUUGGAGCUUCUAUACUUAUCAAGCAUUAAGCAGCAGAAAUAUAGUUCAAGAGCUUUAUUCGAAUUAGCUAGAAAAGCUACAUCCUUUGCACCAGAGGACGCAGCUCCUUCCUCACCCACCCAACGGGUAUUUCUGGGUGAGGAGUUUGUGAACAACCCUACUUUGUCUGAUGUCACAUUCUUAAUCGAUGGAAAACAAUUCUAUGCACACAAGAUCUGCUUGGUAGCUUCCUCUGAUAUAUUCCGUGCAAUGUUUGAUGGCCUUUACAAGGAACGCAACGCCCAAAACGUGGAGAUCCCAAAUAUAAGUUGGGAAGUGUUUGAGCUUAUGAUGAGGUUCAUAUACACAGGAAGAAUUAACAUCACAAAACAUUUGGCUCAAGAUCUGCUUGUUGCAGCUGAUCAGUAUCUUAUUGAAGGCCUCAAACGCCUUUGUGAGUACACAAUCGCACAGGACAUCUGUGUGGAUAACAUACCGAUAAUGUAUGACUUAGCAGAUACAUUCAACGCUUCAGCCUUAAGACGAGCAUGCACUAUCUUCGUUCUUGAGCAUUACACUAAGCUCAGCUCUGAAAUAUGGUUUCCCAUGUUUAUCAAGAAAAUUAUACCAGAAAUCAGGAGAUACAUCACAGAUAUUCUCACACGGCCAGUCCAACCUAGCUCAACCGUUGUAUAAAGCAUAUAACUAGUAGUAGGUUUCCUUUUUUGGGUUAGAUAACCAGAUUGUAAUCUUGUUGCUCAACUCAGUAAUAUCAAAAGGCCAACGAAGUUAUUUUCUGUAUUGUUAAUUAAUAUAAGUUACUAUCACAAA